UUCCUGCAACAUAUCCUGUACAGCCCAAACUCGGAUUCUUGCGAGGGAAUAAGUACCAAAACAAAUCCAGGUGAAAAGAAGGCCGUGCAUAGAAUAUCAUGUUUAGAUUUAUGUUAGCUAGUCUAUAAGAAAAUAGUAAUUGCAUAACCCACAGUUUUAACGCGUCGAAACCAACACCCUCUGCACACAUUGAUUAUAUUGCUGUUUUUGGCCAAGGUGGGGAAUACAAAGGCUAAAUAGUUUACACCAGAACAAGAUUUGAAUGCAUCCAUUUUACCUGGAAUACGCCGACCAACUUCUUAGCUGAAAUCUCUCUUUUUUGAAGAGGACGUCAAACUGAAGUAUUUCAUGGAUUAUCUGUGUUUCAGGACACUGUGCUGUAAAGGACAGCCCCCUCCCAGACCAGAGUAUGACCUGGUGUGUAUUGGACUCACAGGCUCUGGGAAGACCAGCCUACUGUCAAGACUCUGCAGUGAAGCCACAGACAACAUUGGGCCAACGACGGGUUUCAGCAUCAAAGCUGUUCCUUUCCAGAAUGCCAUUCUGAACGUGAAAGAGCUCGGAGGAGCGGACUCGAUAAAGAAGUACUGGUCGCGGUACUACCAGGGUUCCCAGGGGGUGGUGUUUGUCCUGGACAGCGCCUCCACAGACGAGGAUCUGGAGAUGGCCCGAACUGAGCUUCACUCUGCCCUGCAGCACCCCCAGCUCUGUACCCUGCCCUUCCUCAUACUGGCCAACCACCAGGACAAACCAGCUGCUCGCACCACACAAGAGAUAAAGAAGUAUUUUGAACUGGAGCCCCUGGCCCGAGGGAAGAGCUGGAUUCUAGAGGGCAGCUCAGUGGACAACAUAGAUGCCGUGAAGCAGAGCUUCACUCAGCUUAUUGAGCUGCUGGAAGACAAGGACCAAGACACAGGCAGGAUAUGAGCCGGGAUGUGCACAUCUACUAGGAACUACAAAUCCCACAGGAACUACAGACUCCACAUGACCUGCACAUCUACAGGGAACUCCAAAUCCCAGAAGACCUGCCGAGUACAUGAACUACAAUCCCCAUAGGUCCUGUACAUCUACUGGGUACUACGAAACCAACAGGUCGUGCUGAGCUACAGAGACUACAAAUCCCACAGAUCUCACAGGACGUGCUGAGCCACAAGAACUACAAACCCCACACGGCCCUGUUAAACCAUAGGAACUAUAAACCCCACAUCGGUCUAUAGUCGGACCGAACAGGAGCUACAUCAUAGCUACAAAGCCAAUGGGAUGAGAAACCACAAUGGAUCCACCUGAUCCCAGAGGAGUCAUAGAGCAUGGAGUCAUUCCCCGCCACCGAGAAUCCAUGGACCUCCAGGGUUUUCAUGGUAAGAGAAUGGAAAAGUCUACUACGGUUUUCAAGCUGUAGAGACCUAGUGGACUCCACGAAAGAAGGACCCAGUUCAUGUGGGAAAUGCAUCGCCUCCACUCAAAAUAAAUAUCCCUAUUUAAGACUUCCAGAACACCAGUUUGACACUAUCUGUAAUGUGUUAUUAUAAUUCUUGUUAUUCACUCACCRUUGUUCUUGUACAUUGAAUGACUGAUAGUUGCACAUUGCUACUAGACUGUCUGUGGUAAGUGAACACGUUUGCGUGACGUUUAGAGUAACUGGGAUACGCUUUAUCUCCUGUAGCACAUUUCUUACAGAGAAUGCAUUUCAACGUGCUUGACAAAUAAAAGAACUAAAGGGGAGAGUUAAGAACGUAAAUAUGUUUUCUGUACAAAUAUACACUGAGUGCACAAAACAUUAGGAACACCGGCUCUUUCCAUGACACAGACUGACCAGGAGAAUCCAGG